AUGUCCUUCUUCCGCAUAACCCUCCACCGCUCCGCCAUCGGUCUGCCCAAGCGCACCCACGGCGUGCUCGCCGCCCUCGGUCUUCGUCGCCGCAACCAAACCGUCUUCCACCCCGUCGAGCCCCAAUUCGCCGGUAUGCUGAUGAAAGUCAAGGAGCUCGUGCGGGUAGAGGAAGUCCCCCACCGCUUGACCAAGCGGGAGCUGAAGGAUGAGCGCAAGCCGGACGCCGGGUUUGUGGUGGAGAAGCAAGUGAGACGGUUCAUCCCGGGCGUGGGAGUUCAGGACGAAGUGGAUUUCUCCAAAGUGGUGGAGGAGCUGAAGGCGCAGAAAGUUGAGAAUGUCGAAGGGGUGGAGAAGAUGGUGGUGGAGGGAGGGGCGGUGGUUAGGGAUGGUAAGAGGGCUGGGGAUCUGGGCGUGAGGACGAGAAGUGAUUGGGAGGCUAUUGGCAAGAUGAAGAGUGUUUUGCCCAAGGUUAAGGCUCUCUAA